AUGGCUACUAAAUUCGAGCACCCUGUGUAUGAAAAGCUCUCAAAGUACACCUUCUAUCUUUGUUCCACGUCUCCGCGCCGCCAGGAGAUUUUGGAAAUGCUGGGGUUCAAUCCUGUGAUCAGGCCGUCUCAGUUUGAGGAAAAUCUAUCAAAGCUAGAUUACACGGUAGAAGAGUACGUUGCAGAGACUGCCAAAGGCAAGUGUUUGGCUGUUUGGGAUCAAUUGAAGAAAGAGGGCAAAACAGAUAACGUGUUGCUGCUUUCCGCCGAUACAGUUGUCGAAAACGAAGGUGUGAUAUAUGAGAAGCCAAAAACACAAGAGGAGAAUUAUCGGGCAAUUUGCAGGAUGCGCGACUCGAAGAAGCCCGUUCGUGUUUUCUCUGGAGUCAUGGUGCUGCUGAGCGACGCCAGCACACAAAGAAAGCCGGACAAGUGCAAGAUCGAGACGUUCACGGAAAUAACAGAGAUAGUUAUGGAAAAGUCCGUGAGCAACGACUUUAUAAGGAAAUACAGCGAGUGCGGCGAAGGCCACCAGGUGGCGGGCGGAUUCAGGAUCCAGGGCUCGGGGGCUUUGAUGAUGAAGGGCAUAAAUGGAGACUACUACAACGUGGUGGGGCUUCCAUAUACGAAAACGUUCCAAACGAUCUGUGACAUGUUAGAUACACAUCUAUAG